ACGGAGUCAACGGACAACUUCGCCACAGGACACAGCCACCAGAAACGUGAAGUAUAUCUUCAUACGUAUGAUUACCACUAUUCAUAUUUAACUCUCGUGAGCAUCAUUUGGUGGCCAACAUCCAACCGACCCUAUCAUUAUUGUUCAGCUUCAACAGUAACAAAUGAAGGUCUUAGUCUAACGAGUACCACUUUGCAUAGCUGUGUAAUUAGGACCCUCACCGCGCCCAGGCCUAUACCUCGUUGCCAUUCACCGUCGAGGCGUCGAGGCGCGCGGGAAAGGCAGGAAAAUCAAUGGACGCUUGCCCACAAACUGGCCACGCGCACACAAAGCCUUAUAGCCAAAAUGACAGCGAAAAAGGUAGCCAUCAGCUCGACGAAUUGUCUUAUUCUUCCGAUGACGACAGUGAUGAGGACUGCGACUUGGUUCCCUACGACGCGAUUGGCUGGGGAACUCUAGGAGAGGACACAGCAGCGCAGGUACGUCGCCCACCCUCCCACCCGUACCUCCCUUUAGGAGUGCCAACCAGGGCAUACGGGUUCAACACGACUACUGUGAGGCUGGGCACGGCAAGGGCCUGCACGACUCAGAAGGAGGUAUAAUCAAGCGGGCAGUCAACGACGAGCUUCGUCGUCACCAGGGUGAGCAGCUGAAGACCCCGGAGGAAGUCGUACGGUUUUUGGAAAGAAAGCACAAGGUGCCAGCAACUCAGGAGACACUUUCGGGGACGCAUGACGCCCGGAUCACUGAGCGUUUCUUUCGUCACCUUACGGACUCGGAGCUGAAGGAAGAACGGGAGGCAUGCACGAGGUACAAGACAGUACCAAACACCCAGAAACUUCACUCCGUUCUGGCAACUGCUGAUGUUGCUGGGAGGGUAUCUGUUCGAGAGCGAAGCUGCGCAUGUGACUUCUGCCGGCAUUUAUCAGCUGGAAUGCCUAGCAUCUCCACAGAAUGCGCAUGCGAGGAGCACGUCCAGGACUGGCGCGAUGUUGUGCUGAGGCCAGCCAUCGAGCCGCAAUCGCCGCCUCCAGUGGAUCUAGACCUCGUCACUGACACCUUUAUAGCCCUUCGAAAUGACGAGCCAGAUGAGUGGCCGGAUUACGACUACUACCUUAUGUACUACAAGUACAAGAUGGAGGUCAGGGACUCCUUCACGGACGCUGACGGCAAGAAGUUUCCUGACGGCGCUGAAAUCGUUAAUGGCCGAUGGCUGUUGCUCUCUGGUCAGCACCUGAAGUUUACCAUGGACCGCCGCUACAAGCUCUCGGCGGCUCUGCAGAGCGAUGUCAUUAUGACCAAUGUUGGCGUGCAGGUAGCAGGUAAAUAUUAUAGCAUUACUGAGGCAGCGCAUGAGGUCAUCUUGCAGAAGUUGAAGGAAAUGACGGGCACGAGGCGUGUGUAGAUUAGCUGAUAGGGCGGGUGUAGUACUAAUACAGGGUUUCCGAACAUGAUUGAUUUUGUCCGUAGAUUGUCCGUACAUAACGCAUGCAUGCAUUCGGUUUGUCCGAAAAGAUGUGUACAACCUAACGUUUAAUUUAGGAGCAUCUGUCUUGUUUCAAAGAUUACCAAAAUUUGCGUAACCCUAUAUAGACAAGGUGCGUGCCGGCGCAGGAUUGGUUGAUGCCGAGUUGUGGAAGUGGUCUAGGUGCUGUCCGUGCAUUUCUGAUAUAGCACGAAAUACCCGGGCAUGUUCUGGUUAGCAAAUGGGGGAGGGCGCCUGCAUUGCUGCUUGUCAUGGUACGUGUUGGCGCUGAUUGUUUCUUACUAGUUUCCAAGUUGCCGGGGUAACGUUUAUGUCAUCACGAUUUUGCGGUUGGUGACGCCCCCUACGUUAUCUCCAGCACGUACCGUGCUGUGUAGGAAGUUAGGUUCAUUAAUGUGUGAAGACUCUCUACGGUAGUUUCUGAGUCGGCGUGCAUGUGCUUCGUUUGCGGCACACUUGAAGGGAAAGGAAGGAGAAUGCGCAGAGAGGAAGAGGGUGG